AUGACAGUGGUCCAUACCGGUAGCCAUAUUUACGGAACAUUCAUUGUGAAUGCGCGUGCCCGGCAACUCCUGGAACAAAAGGGCGACGAGGAAGAGCAUGUUGUGGACGAUCGCGACAAGCAACUAAUGGAUCUUAUGGACAACGAUGACGACGAUUCAGAUGAGUAUUACGUGGCGUGUGACCGUGACAUGCGGCUUCUAGCUGAAUUGGGCAACCCUGACAAUGAGAAUGAGUUUGUCAACGAUGAUGAAGAUUCGGAUGAGUACUACGUGGCGUGCGACCGUGACAUGAAGCUUCUGGCUGAACUAGGCAACGCUGAUGAAGAUGAUGAAGAUUUGGAUAAGUAUGUUCCGAACAACGAAGACCAGUUCAUUUUGGAUAGGUUGUGUGAUGAAGAGGAUCCAAAGUUUGACGGCUUGUUGGCACAUGGCUGGCACUUGCGCGAGAUUGUGGGAUUGAGUGACGAGGCUCUGACUUUUCUGCUAAAUCUCCCAGUAAAUCCUCCCACUUUACGGAAACUCAUAGAUGAAUUGGCUUUCUUGCCUGAAAAGAAUGAUCCAGACACUCCAACACAUCUGAUUUCUGAUUCGACUCAAUUGGGGACGGGCAACAUGGACCGAAACCAGAUUGCACUCUGCCAAACACCGGCGAGAAACUGCACUAAUUGCGGACAAUAUUAUGAUGGUUACGAUUUACCCAUGAAUAAAUGUUCAUUUGUGGGAGAAUGGCUGUCCAAUGGACUUGUGUUGAAGCGUUGA